AACAGUCACUAUCAUGACACAUCUUCAGCAUAAGGAAAAGCUUCCUCCUUGGAAGCGUUUUAUUUGCUAACCUUGGAAAGAGGUUGGCUCCUUCUUAUGGUUAGCAGUUAAGGAAGUGUUUUAAAAGCUGCUCGCAUCGGCGAGCAGACACUGUCAUGUUUAACUGUGUGUCAUAAGUGAUCUACAGCUAGCUUUCUAGCUCAGCUCGCUAAAAAGAGCGCUUCACAAGCUAGUACGCGCUAACGCUAGCUAACUGAUGAGACCGUAACAUUUAACGUCGGAGAGAUAUUGGAAAAGGGGGUAACUGUUAUCCUUACACCUACAAGACAUGCUACAAAGAAACAUCACAAACAAGUCUGUAGUAAAGAUGAACACAUCCUUCCCAUGGUUUCCCAUGAAUCUCAGCUGGACUGGGAGGGUGUUGUGAGAAAGGAGAGAAGAGGAACGAGCGCAAGGGUACUAUAAACAAGAGUCAUGAAUCUCCAUCAGGUCCUCACAGGGGCUGUCAACCCUGGAGACAAUUGUUUCUCUGUAGGCAACGUCAACAAUGUGCCAUUCACGGCCUACGCGUCAGGUUGUGAUGUGGUAAUUUUGGGCAGUGACUUUGAGCGACUGCAGAUUAUCCCAGGGGCCAAACACGGGAACAUCCAGGUCGGCUGUGUCGACUGCUCACUGCAGGGUGGACAGAUUGCGGCUUCCUAUGGAAGCAUUGUGUGUAUCUUUGAGCCUGUUCAGCACCCAGAUCAAAAAGACACAUCUCUGACUAAGGUGAAUUGCCAAUGGCAGAAGACCGGUCAAUUUGUAUUAAAGUCUAUGGUACGGAACCUGGCCUGGCACCCCACAGGCAGCACUCUCUUAACUGGCUCUAGUAGCCUCCAGUUGUGGUCACAUGUUGAUGGAGUAAAAGAUGAAGCUGAAAAAGAAGGAAAGCAGACAGAAAUGACCAUAAGAGACACUCAUUCAGCCUGGAGUUGCAUCUGGCAGAGCAAGACGGCCUCUCCAGUCAGUUUAAUGAAGUUCUCUCCUGACGGGGAAUUCUUUGCUACUGCUGGACAGGAUGACUGCCUAGUAAAGGUCUGGUACAGCACCAGUAAGUGGAAGUCAGGUGUUGCGAGUCUCUUCACACCUCCAGAACCCAAUGUUGGUGUCCAGGGAGAGCUGGCCUUUUCCUUUGUCUACCUGGCCCAUCCCCGCUCUGUUACAGGCUUCUCUUGGAGGAAGACCAGCAAGUACAUGCCACGGGGUGCAGUUUGUAACGUUCUGCUCACCUGCUGUAAGGACAGCGUGUGUCGGCUCUGGGCUGAGACACUGUUGCCGGGUGACAGCCUCCUGUCUGGUUACCAUAACAACCACUCCUCUGGCCAACACAGUGACACACUCAGAUGUGCUGGCCCUAGGAAAAACACCUGCAAUGGCAAGACACAAGGAGGAACAGCACAGGAAUUGAAUUUUCAAGAUUCGUUGCACUCCUCCUUUUAUCGGGAUGUGCCUCAGCCCUCCCUGACUGGCUGCCUGCCUCACCAUCAGAGCCGACACUACAACCACAAGAAGAGCAGCAGCAACAUGCCCCAUGCCAACGCUCUCUGCCACUUCCACAUAGCUGCCAGCAUCAACCCUGCCACCGACAUUCCUCUGCUUCCCUCCAUCUCCUCUCUGAGUGGCGUGGAUGACGAGGAGCCUGGAGGUCUUUUUACUGUCCACUGGCUCAACAACAAAGAGCUUCAUUUCACUUUAGCCAUGGAGGUCUUCCUGCAGCAGCUCCGAGGCAGCCUAGAGCAACAGAACGACUGCUCCCAAGAAGAGGCUGAAGAUGAAGAUAACUUUAACGAAGAAGAUAAUAAUAGUGGGCCAAGUGACUCCCAAGGACCUGAGGCUGUGGAGCUUCCUCUGGCAGCAGUGAAGCACCAGGUGGAAGUGUUGUUAGAGGAGUGGAACAAAGGCGCAGACAUGUUGUUCAGUAUCCAUCCCAUGGACGGCUCUCUCUUAGUCUGGCAUGUAGACUGGUUAGAUGAAUACCAGCCAGGCAUGUUCAGACAAGCUCAGGUGUCGUUUGUGUCCCGUAUCCCUGUAGCGUUCCCUACAGGUGAUGCAAUCUCCCUGAGCCACAGUGUGGUUAUGUAUGCCUGCAACAAGAACGUGGAUCUAGCUAUCCAACAUGGCAGACAGCGACCACCUGGGAGCACAUUGCCUCAAACCAAAUCUGCUCUAAUAAGCUACGGUGGUCAAGGAAAAGCUGCAUCCAGCAGCAGUCUUCGACUAAGCAUUUUCACCCCCAACGUCCUUAUGAUCUCCAAACAUGCCGAUGGCUCCCUAAACCAGUGGGCAGUCAGCUUCGCAGAGGACUCUGCUUUCUCCACUGUGCUCAGCGUCUCUCACAAGUCACGGUACUGUGGCCACCGCUUCCACCUCAAUGACCUUGCCUGUCACUCAUUGCUCCCUCUCCUCCUCACCACCUCACACCACAACGCCUUGAGGACACCAGAGGUAGACAACAUCCUGGCUCCUCCGGACGCCUGCUUCUCUGGUUUCCCUCAUUCAGCCUCUCUGCCGCGUGGGUCACGGCCCAGCCGGGUGUCCCUGGGUGUCGUUUCCCAGGAUCCCAAUGCGAUCUACAGUGAGCUGAUUUUGUGGAGAGUGGACCCUGUUGGCCCACUGUCUUUGUCAGGCGGGGUCUCCGAGCUAGCUCGGAUCAAUUCUCUCCAUGCAUCAGCAUUUGCUAAUGUAGCCUGGCUGCCCACGCUCAUUCCCAGCAGCUGUUUAGGUGUGUACUGUAACUCUCCAAGUGCUUGCUUUGUGGCAAGUGACGGCCACUCACUCAGACUGUAUCAGGCUGUUAUUGAAGCUAAGAAACUCCUGAGUGAGCUCUCUAAUCCUGAGAUAUCGAAAUAUGUCGGGGAGGUGUUCAACAUCAUCAGUCAGCAAUCCACAGCAAAACCAGGAUGUAUUAUCGAGCUGGAUACCAUCACUGGUUUUCAGGGGAAGGAGACCCAGCUCCUGCAUGUUUUUGAGGAGGAUCUGAUCCUCGGCAGUGAGAGAGCAGAAAGCACACAGGAAACUCCUGAUUCUCCCCACACUGCCUCUAGCCAGCCAGCCUUCUCGGCACGGUUUUUCCUCGUGGUGGUCGAAUUGACCCCGACAGGUCGCUCGCUCCUCCACAUGUGGCAUCUCCAUCUUGCUGCUCGACCGGUCACCAUGGACGAGACCAUGACAGAGAAGGAUGCCACUACAGCUUCUCCUUUGAACAGCUCUCAGUUUAACUUUGACACGUUCAGUUCUCCAGUAGCUCAGAAGAGUAAACCCUGCACUUCCAAUCUGCAGAGUGCAUGUCGCCUCAGCCUCACAACACACAGGCUAUACAGCCAGGAGAUGGCUCUGCCAGAAGGGGUGGAAGCCAUCAGUGUUACACCCUCAGCAGGUCACUUGAGUGCAUCAUGUUCUCUGCCAGCUGGACGCGUGCCUUACCUCCUUGCUACUUCCUGUUCUGAUGGAAAGGUGCGCUUCUGGAGGUGUAAUGUCAUUGCGACAAAGCCUUCCAGUAUCGACAACUUGGUGUACCAAUGGGAGGAGUGGCCUCUCCUGGUGGAGGAGAGGUUUCCCAACAGCAGCGCAGUAAGCGUGCAAGGUCGCCCUAUAGAGGUCAGCUGCUGUCACGCUGGACGGAUUGCAGUUGCUUACAGGCAGACGGCAAACACACCCCUGAACUUAACACCUCAUCUGAACUCACAUGGACUGCUGACUUCUCCUCCCAGCCUGGCUUCCACCCCUUAUGUGAAUUACAACAACACAAACACUCACCUGACCCCAACCCUGACUGUACAGCGUAGCCCAAAUCUCACUCCAACCUCCAACCCAGCAAACACUAGAGAACCAUUGGUCCACAUUGACAUCUUCCAGUGUGAGUCCACUGGUGGGUCGCAGUGGAUUCUAGAGCAGACGAUAGUUCUGGACAGCACAGAUCACACAGCUAACAAUGAUAAUAGCACAACUGGAAGUGCCAAUGUUCCAAGUAACAUGGACUUCUCUAUACCCAACGAGAACUGCCAUGGUUCUACUAGCAAGAGCCUGGUUCAUUUGGACUGGGUCUCCCAGGAGAAUGGAUCACAUGUUCUGACCGUUGGUAUUGGCACAAAGAUUUAUUUGUACGGCUGUCUCUCUGGGAAACCUCCAGAACUCUGUCUGUCAUCUGAUGCCAGUAGAGACCAGAGCUCCUCUCGACUGGUUCUGCUUCGAACAGUGGAUCUGGUCUCUUCUGUUGAAGGCUCGUUACCCAUUCCAGUCUCCCUCUCCUGGGUAAGAGAUGGCAUCUUGGUAGCAGGUAUGGACUGUGAGAUGCAUGUCUACUCCCAGUGGCAGCCCCCAGCACCACCCAAAUCCAAUGGCACAAUUGCCCAAGAUACAGACAUCAGCAGCAGCAUCUCCUCCAUAACCUCAGCCCUUAGACAGAGCCAGGAGGAUGCUCUCAGCGCUGGGGCCCCCAUGUCUUCACUGGCCCCUCCCAAAAGGGCCCUGACAAGAUCAAUGAUGAGCCUGGCUCAGAAACUCAGUGGGAAGAGAACAGCUUAUGACCUGCCUCUAGAGAUGGAAGAUUCUGGGCUUUUUGAAGCAGCUCACCAACUCUUUCCCACUCUGCCCCAAUACCAUCCUGUACAGUUACUGGAGCUCAUGGAUCUAGGGAAGGUUCACCGUGCUAAAGCCAUCCUCUCUCACCUGGUAAAAUGCAUUGCUGGAGAAAUUGUGGCACUUAAAGACAGUAACUCUAAUCCCGAGAAGCGUGUACGCUCUCGAACCAUCAGCGCUGGAGGCAGCACAGCCAGGGACCGGAAGAUGUUCAGCAAGGCAGAGAACUCAAGCCCCGACUACACAGAGAUAAGCUCCAUCCCUCCCCUGCCUCUGUAUGCACUUCUGGCAGCUGAUGAGGAUACGUCACCAAAACCUGAUAAAGUGGGCAGUGUGAGUGGAGACAGCGGGCAUGGUUCCAGUCACACUGACGCUUAUGAUGAGCUCUUUCAAACACCCAGUAUAGCGGACCUGGACCCUCUGGACAGCAAUCAAGAGGAAACGGGGAACAAGGUCAUUGACCUGUCCCAGUACAGCCCGACAUACUUUGGUCCAGAACAUGCCCAGGUUCUGUCCAGUCACCUCCUUCAUUCCAGUUUACCAGGUUUAACCCGUAUGGAGCAGAUGUCUCUCAUGGCACUGGCUGACACCAUCGCUACCACAAGCACAGACCUCAAGGACAGCCAGGGCAAGAGCAAAGGUGGAGAGACGCUGGAUGAGUGUGGUCUGAAAUUCUUGCUGGCCGUCAGACUCCAUACCUUCCUCUCUACCUCCCUGCCUCCAGCACACCGAGCACAGCUGCUACGCCAAGGCCUGUCAACAUGCCAUUAUGCCUGGGCCUUCCACUCUGAAGCUGAGGAGGAGCUGCUGAACAUGGUGCCUGCCUUACAGAAGGGAGAGCCUACCUGGCCUGAGCUGCGCUCCAUGGGUGUGGGGUGGUGGCUGCGCAGCACCAACAAACUACGCAGGUGUAUUGAGAAGGUUGCCAGGGCUUCUUUACAGAGAAACAAUGAUCCUCUGGAUGCAGCUAUAUUUUACCUCGCAAUGAAAAAGAAGGCAGUGGUCUGGGGAUUGUACAGGUCUCAGAAGAAUGCCAAAAUGACAGAGUUUUUCCGCAACAACUUCAGCGAGGACCGGUGGAGGAAAGCAGCACUGAAAAAUGCCUUUUCUCUGUUGGGAAAGCAGCGGUUCCAGCAUUCUGCGGCUUUCUUCCUUCUAGCUGGCUCCCUUAAGGAUGCUGUGGAGGUUUGUAUAGAGAAAAUGCAGGACCUACAGCUGGCCCUGGUGAUCUCCAGAUUGUAUGAGUCUGAGUUUGAGACAGCAUCUACCUACAAAAGGAUCCUCCAGAGACAUGUUCUGGGACAAGACAAACAGAUUCAAGCACACCAGGACCCGUUCCUGCGCAGCAUGGCUCACUGGGUCCUGGAAGAUUACAGCAGGGCCUUGGACACUCUACUCGAGCAGCCUGCUAGCAGCGCCAGCUCUGGGUCCACUGUGAGCAAAUGUGAUGCUGGUUCCUCUCCUGUGUCUACAUGUAACCCUGAGGUUUUUAACUUUUACACCUACCUUCGUACCCACCCACUUCUACUUCGACGCCAUUUUGGCUCUUCAGACAAGGCUAAAGUUGGCCUGACUGCUGAGGGUCGCAGGGCUGACUCCAUUAGCCUGGAGGAGAGAAGAUUGUUUUUCACAGCUGCAUACGCACAUCUGCAAGCUGGCUGCCCCAUGCUAGCACUUGAAGUCCUCUCCAAGAUGCCCAAAGUCCGCAAGCAUUCCAAACUCACUACCCAGGAGGACACAGGCAUUGCUACUGAACUCAGUGUUGGGAGCAAGAACGGACAAACAUCAGACCCAGAUUGGUCUCAGCCGGCUCUGAAUGGCUACGAGUCCAAUGAAAACAGCCAGUCAGAUUCAGUGUUAAGUUUUGACUGGAGCCAGCCGUCGCUGACACUUCCAGACGAGUCCCUGGACUUGAAGUGGGACAGUGACAAAGAUGAUGAUGAGGAUGAAGAAGAAGCAAAAAAUUUCAAGAGCGGUAGAACUGCAGACAGCAGCAGCGUAUUCCAGGACACGCAGGAUACCAUGUCGCCGCUAAUGGAGACAGUGACAGGAGAGGACAGUGAGGACAGUGAUGACUUCCUAGAACCAACGAAUGACAUCUUGGCAGCCCAGCUGAAGUUUACUGCCUGCUUGAAGAUUAUGACCAAUGAGCUCCGGACCCUGUCGACAGGGUAUGAACUGGAUGGAGGGAAGCUACGUUACCAGCUCUACCAGUGGUUGGAGAGAGAGGUGGUGGCUCUCCAGCGUUGCUGCAGCUACAAGCCCUGCUUGCCAGAGCUGUCUGUCCAGGGUGAUGCCCCUGUUUCUGGGUUGGUGGAGGAGGAACAGCCCGGAAGUCCUCUUGGUGACAGCCAGAGGAGCAGGAGACACUGGCUGCAGAGUAACCAGCCCUUACUGAGGAUGUUUCUGAGCUACUGCAGCUUGCAUGGCUCCCAUGGUGGAGGACUGGCAUCUGUACGCAUGGAGCUCAUAUUAUUGCUUCAGGAGUCCCACCAGGAUGACUCCAUCCAAUUAGCGGUGACGCCAUGCUGUCAGCAAACCUCUAUCCCUCUUCUGAUGGCUUGCACCGCCAACGUAAAGACAGUAGUGGCCAAUCCCAUCGUCUACCUGACCAACCUCGCUCAUGACAUUUUGCAAACCAUCAACACACUUGACUCUCCUCCACAUCCCGAUGUAGUUAACAAUGAGAUCUAUGUGAUGCACACAUUGGCUGCCUCCUUGUCAGCCUGUAUAUAUCAGUGUCUGUGUGAUGGACACACCCACAGCCAUGUGAACCAUUUCACAGGAAUCGUGUAUCAGAGUGUGUUGCUGUCUCAGAAGCAGCCAGUCAGAACCGUCAGCAUGGAUGAGUCUGUUCAGCCCAACACUUCCCCUGGACAAUGGCCAGGCAUCACUUCUCUGAUUCGCCUGUUGAACUCAGCAGGUGAGGAGAGCCAGCCAGGUUUAGCUGUGCUGCUCUGUGAGAUCCUGACUGCUGUCUUCCUCAGUCUGUUUGUUCACGGCAUGGCCACUCACUCCAGCAACGAGCUGUUUCGCAUCAUGGCCCACCCCCUCAACAGCAAGCUUUGGGUGACGGUGUUUGGAGGAGGCGCCCGGAUCCCUGUCAUAGAGAAACCCAACAGCCCAUCAAGAACACCCCCACCAGCCUCACCAAGCGGCUCAGAGAGGAAGACGAGACGAUUCAGGCUUCUGUCAUCGCGCAAUGGAUCCAGAGAGGAAUCCGGGAUAGAGCGGGAGGGCCCUUCCAGUCUCAAGCAUGGCCCUUCGUUUGAACAAGAAGCUACCUCCAUCUUUAAAGAACGAUUUGUCCCCCCAGACCUCAGCAUUUGGGAUUACUUUAUUGCCAAGCCUUCACUGCCACCUUCAGAAAGCAGAAUUGAAUAUGACUCGGAGGAGAGCCAGGGCAGUCAAGACGACGAAGAAGAAGAUGAUGAUGAAUAUGAAGAUUUGUUUGACCCCAACUCACCGCAAAGAGAGCAUUCAAAUCACAAUUCAUACAGUUGGUGUUUGAUGCGUCUGGCAAUGGUCCAACUGGUGUUGGUUAACCUCAAGUCCUUUUACCCAAUGGCAGGAUAUGAUCUAUUAGAUCUGCCUGUGGGCUCUCCUCUGUGUCACGCUGUGCUGAAGACGCUGCAGCGCUGGGAGCAGGUGCUGCAGAAAAGGCUGGAAAUCUUCGGGGGCCCCCCUUCCAAGUACAUCUCCACCCACCUCCAGGAUGAAACAGCCACACCUGGUCCUGCCCUGCUCAGACACAAGGCCCUGUAUGAACCGUCCAACACCCCGUUCAGGACUAACCACCCAUCAGCGCUGCCAGUGAAGCGACUGUGGCAGUUUCUGGUCAAGCAGGAAGAAGUGCAGGAGACUUUCAUCAGACACAUCUUUACCAAGAAACGGGACCCGAAUGAGUCGGGUGAGGACCAGACUGACAAUAUGAAAUAUUCAGGAAUGGAGGAGACAGGAAACCAUCAGACUGAGUCAGAUCAGGGCUCUCCCGGCGGAAAGGCACGCAUCAUCCACAAGGAAUCGGACAUCAUCACAGCCUUUGCCAUCAACAAGGCAAAUCGUAAUUGUUUAGUCAUGGCCUCAACUCAUGACAUUCAGGAGUUGGAUGUGUCAUCCAUCUUGGCCACACAGAUCUUGACAUGGAUUGAUGACGAUGAGGCUGAAACCAAAGGUGUUGGUGGUGAUGACUUCCUGGUGGUCCAUGCACGUGAUGACUUCGCCGCCCUCCACGGCACCACGCCGUAUACUCACAGUAGCCCCGGCACACCCAUCAACAUGCCGUGGCUGGGAGGAGUGCAGACGGGCCGGGGCGCAUCUGUGGUGAGCUCAAGACCCGAAUUUAUGAUCAAGAGAAAUAUCAACAAUGUGAGAAGAAUGACCUCCCAUCCCACACUGCCUUACUACCUGACAGGAGCUCAGGACGGUAGCGUGAGGAUGUUCGAGUGGGGUCACUCCCAGCAGAUCAUCUGCUUCAGAAGUCCAGGCAACUCCAGAGUAACCAGGAUACGGUUCAACCACCAGGGAAACAAGUUCGGUAUUGUAGACGCUGAUGGAGGUUUGAGUCUCUGGCAGACCAACACAAGCGGGAAUGCACCCAAACCAUACCUGACUUUGCACUGCCACAACAAGACCGCUCACGACUUUGUUUUUGUGGGUUCCUCCUCCCUCAUUGCCACUGCGGGUCUUUCGACAGACAACAGGAACGUGUGUCUGUGGGACACUCUGGUGACUCCUGCAAACAGUCUUGUUCAUGCUUUUUGCUGCCAUGAGUCCGGUGCUACCGUGCUCGCGAUGGCCCCCAGGCAGCAGCUGCUUAUCACAGGCGGGAGGAAGGGCUGGAUCAGUGUCCUGGAGCUUUCCCACAGGCACCAACGCCAGAGCUUCCAGGCCCACGACUCGCCGGUCAAAGCACUGGCUGUCGAUCCAACUGAGGACUGCUUUAUCAGUGGAUCAUCUGAGGGCAACAUCAAGGUUUGGAGCCUGACCACACAGUGUCCACUCUACACCUUUCCAAACGAACACGCUCGCCAGUCGCUGUUCAGGAACCUUGGCACGGGUGUCAUGCAGAUCGAGGUCGGGCCGACCAAUCACAUCUUCUCCUGUGGCGCCGACGGAACCAUGAAGAUGAGGGUCCUCCCCAACCGCUUCAGUGUUGUCAACAACAACAACCACGGCAACCUCAAGAACGAUGUCAAGUUCAUCAUUUAGACAAAUGUAGAAAAAUAAGGUGUUAAAAGCAAUUUAAUUGAAUAAUGUGAAGUGCAUUUUAUGAUCGAGCAGCUGUGGAAUUACCUGAAUACCAUCAUGGGUUCAUUUUUUGGGAAAACGAUGCCAUGACAAGAACAAUGAUGUCAAGUGUUAUCAGUGUAAAUGAAGGUGGAUUAUUCAUAGGAAUUACAGACUCUGGCAGAGUGAGAGUGUGUUGUCUGAUCCCGGGGCCCAAGAGUGACCACGCAUGGAAAACGAUCGCGUCUGCCGUGCUUUGUGUGGGACUUGGACCGAAUGCAGGAGCCUCUACAUGUGUUUUAAACAGUAGCGGAAGUUAAAUUGGGGCACAGGGUAACGACCGAUGGCACGGUCAAUCGAAAUAAACCGUAAGAGAGACAAAAACCCAGCCGGAGACACUCCUAAACAAACUCUGUCUACUGAACAGCAUGCGGAGAGCCUUUCUUUUUCUUUUCUUUUUUGCACAGUAAGAGAAGCUGUAGAAGGAGCAGGAGUGACGAGACUGUGAAGAGUCUAAAGCUGCAGCAUUGUUCUUCUCAUACCAUAUCUCUCAGUUCGUAUUAGUGAAGCAGUCAUGAUAGUGGAAACUCUUCUGGAAUCACUGCUGGACUGUUAAGGUGAUUUAAAAUACAGAACCGUGUAUGCAGUGUUUCGCACAGGGAUGAUCAGUGAUCCCUUUUAGGGGUUUGAACGUCACCACGAUACUGUACGACACUGUUGAACCCACUCAGCACAAUGCAGUAAGGCCAGUGGACGUCGUACAAAGCACAUUGUAUCCAGUCACAAAGAUUCUCGGCGCAUUGCGGUGCUCCAUAUACAUUUCUGAACACAAAUGAAAAGCAGAGGACCAGGUGUUCAUCACGAUCAAACCACACUUUAGGAAGUUUCAUAUCACCAUUAUUAUUUAAUGUUUUAAUUUUAGGCUGAUGCCCUUUCCCAGCCUGACUUGAAAUGAACUCAUGAAACUUUUUUUUUUUUUUUUAUAAAUAUGGAAAUAACACAAUCUUAAAUUUAAAGCAAUAGUUUGGCAUUUUGCUUUCUAGCUGUUAAAUGAGAAGGUUGCUAUCGCUCUCCUGGUAGUCCCUUAAACGAAAGGCUACAGCCAGCAGCUGGCUAGCAAAAAAAAAAAAAUCAGUUUUAUGGAUUAACUAGGUGUUUAAAAAAAGCAUAUCUCCAAAAGUGUAGAAAUAAUCUUAAAUUUGUGACUUGGCUUUACAUGUGUGCCACUACCGAGCGUUUUCUUAGUUUUAAUGGACUAAAUGAAUGAAUGCGCCAUUUCUCUUACUCUAUUUGCACAUAAAAAUUAAGCUAAAUUAUAUGUAGUGUAAUGCAUAUAACUAUUCAAGGCUGGAUGUCGGGAAAGCGGCCCAUGCCUUUGGUAAAAAGAUUAAUAUAUAUAUAUAGUACGAUGUUCGUUUAUCCAGGCCUAGAUUUAACCAGUGGUAUUAUUAUUAAGUGUCCUUAAGCUCUGAAAACUACUUCUGCCAUGCUGGCACAGUACUAUAGUACUGUUGGUCCUGAUGAUUAUUAUUGAUAUUAAGUUGCACAAAGUAGCUUUAAUUUAACAGCUGGUGUGAGACAUCAUGGAUAAUAAUUUCCUGGGUGCGUUUUUUUUUUCUUUUCAAAUGUUCACUAUUACGCUUCAGAACAUGUAGCAGGAAACUUUGCUGUUGACAAUGGAAAGGGGGUUGGGGUGGGGAGGUUAAACAAGUUUUAAUGUAUAUUCUAUUUUGUUGUGGAAAUGUUUUAUUCCAAUUACAAUGCACUUCUUCUCUUUCAUCGACUCCAAACUUUCAUUUUACAUACGGACCAUGAUGGAAAAACUGCCUUGGAAGCAACAUUGUUUGCCUUGUAGUCAUCUUAAUUUUAUUAGCAGACUUGCUUUAUCUGGCUUGCUAUUAAGUUUCUUUGUCACAAUUCUGGUAAUUACUUUUUUUUAUUUUUAUUUUUUUAUCAUUCAGUUUCUUUAUUUCAUCCUAACGCUGCACAUUGCCUUCAGUACAUGCUUGGAAAAUGUAAUCUAGGUUGGUGUGUAAUAUGAUGUGUCUUCCACAUAAAUAAGGAAGGGGUUCAACUGUCCUGUAGCUGUUUAGUCUGAAGGAGUAUAAUCCUUAGUUCUAAUCCAUAGAACCUUGUUGUGCUGCUGUAGGGAAACAAAUGUACAUUAGCUUUGAUUUCAGGGAGGAUAAACUGAGGAAAACCUUUUAGAUAAAGCAGAUUUAUUGCAGUUAUGUACAUACAUAGAUCCAUAGACAAGGCUUCUCAUAAUGACUGCAUAAUCAUAAUGACUAGUCGUAGAUAAACGGUGGGUAACGACAAAAGCCACUUUAUGAAGAAUAUAAUUCUGUACAAAUAUAUAGGUAUAUUUAUGAAAUAUGUUCAUAUUUAGGAUUAUAGACUGAUCGAUCAAAAGGCAGGUGUAAUCUUAUUUUCUCUUAUUAGUUUACUAUGUCUUUCUUGUUUCUCAUAAUUUCCUGAUGUGGGCUUGAGCAACCAUGUUCAAAUCAAAGUGGUUGGAAAAUGAUGUGUACUCCUGCAGUAACUUGAGAAUAAACUAAUUUUUAUCAAAGCCAAACUAUAUGUACUAGAGAAACUGGAGAAUUAAAUAAAUUUUAUCAAAGCAA